AGCUUGGCUCAGUAGUCAUCCAGGAUUUAUAUAAAUGUGACUGCUCUGACCCUUUGUACUUUAUAAACCUGUGCUACACUGAGUGAGGGGGUCAGAUCAGACAACAGAAAGAUUUACUACAAUGGCACAAGAAGGUCUGGAAGAGGCAUUGAAUUCUUUUCUAUUCAAGCAUAAGGGCAUUUAUUUCCAUACUGGAGUCACGACGCCUGAAAUUGUAGAUUCAUUGGAACACAUGGAAAUUAGAGACAGUGAUGUAUAUUUGGUCACAUAUCCAAAGUCAGGUACAGUAUGGACACAGCAAGUUAUAAAUCUGAUCUUUCAUGAAGGACAUAGGAAUGGAUCAGAAGAUAUUGACAACAUAACCAGAGCUCCAUGGAUUGAAUAUAAUUUAUACAACAUUGACUUUAAUAACCGACAAUCUCCUCGCCUCUUCACAUCACACCUGCCUUACUAUCUUAUGCCAAAAGAUCUCAGGUUCAGGAGAGCAAGAAUUAUCUAUGUAAGCAGAAAUCCAAAAGAUGUCUUGAUGUCAUUUUAUCACUUCUAUAAAUUGUACACCCAGUUACACAUCACGUUAGAGUGGGAAACCUUCUUGGACCUGUUCAUGUCUGGGAGAGUGCUUUGCGGGUCAUGGUUUGAUCAUCUUAGAGGCUGGUACACCCACAAGGAGGACUACAAUAUUCUUUUUAUGACUUAUGAGGAGAUGAAUAAAGAUCUUAGAUCAGCUGUAAUGAAAAUAUGCAACUUUGUGGAUAUCAAGCUUGAUGACCAAGAAUUAGAUACAGUGGUGGAGAAGUCAUCAUUCAGAGCAAUGAAACAAGAUCCUCUUGCUAAUUAUCAAUUUAUUCAAAAGGAUCUCUUGGACUUUGAAAAAGGAGACUUUCUUCGCAAAGGCACUGUUGGUGACUGGAAAAACAGAAUGACAGUGGCACAAAGUGAGAAGUUUGACAUUGUUUAUAAGGAAAAGAUGAAGGGUCUGCCUUUCAAGUUCUUCUGGGACAUCAAUGAUGAAGAAGCAAGCAUGAUAGAAUGAUGUUGCUGGAGAGAUAAGCUAUUACAUAUCUCUCCAACUGCCUGUGCCAAUGAAACCUGCUCAAUUAAUGGGGAAAUGUACACCAUAGCCUCCUAUACAACUAACACUUCUAAUCAUUCUUCCCUGUCUCUUGAUACUCUCAGUGGCUCCUC